AAACACAUAUUUUGUUUACUAGGAAUGGGGUUGACAUGGGAGUAGCAUUCAACAACAUACCAACAGGUCCUGGUAUUGCUUACUUCCCUGGUUUAAGUCUUGCAUUUAAAGAGGUGGCGUAUUGCAACUUUGGACAUCGACCACUAAAAUAUCCCGUUGCAGGAUACAAAACUUUACAGGCCCCACCUCCAGAUUCCCAUGAAGCUGAAUACCUUACUCAUAGCUUAAAAUCAUUGAAUUCAAUUGUAAACGAGAAACGAUAUUCAGAGUUGGACCAGGUUACUGUUCAUACUAUGCUAGCUCAUAUAAUGCAAAGACUUGGACCUACACUGAAAUCAAUGUACAAUGUUGAGUCUUAUUUUCUUCCAUUUUUACUUUCCUUGUGUGACCACAACAGUAAAGAUGAUGACAAAUUUGCGCAACUGCAUUUUAUACUCAGUUGUUUAUGGCAAUAUACUGAGGCACGUGAGGUAAGGGAUUGCAUGAACAAUGUGUUCGAAGGUGCGUUACGUCGAUAUCGUACAUCACUUGUACACGUGGAAUUCAUUGAACAACGGACUUACCUCAACUUUGUGCUUGGGCUCCAUCUGCAUACUCAAACUAGAAGAAGUCUCGCACUGCAUUGCUCAUUUGACAGACAAGCAGAGAUUCCAUCCCUCUUUCAUAUUAAACAGGUUUCAAAACAUAGGGAAGCUGGUUUAAGUCAACUUAUACCAAUGGUUUGGGGCCAGGAUUGUGAUCCAAAAGCAACGUAUGAGCGAGGUUAUGAAAAACUGAAGGAAAAAAUGGAUGAUAUUAAAGAUUUGCAAAGAGAGAUUAUGAGGUUAAUGUUGCUGGAUGGUAACUCAAGCAAACAACCUAAGGGUUAUUUACUAAAUGGAGCGUUCGUGAAAUACUUUCGGAAAUAUUUAGAAAGUCUCGUCUCUUCUACUCGUUCUGAACAUACAUUAGUCUGCCCACCAAUAGUAUUGCAUUCAUUUAUGCAAAGACUUUGUGAUGUCACAAAACAACUAUGGGAUGAAUUGUCCACCACCAAAGCAAACUACGUCUUAUCUGAUGAGGCAAAUAUACCCGUUGAGUUGUUUUAUACUGAGACAGUAAGUUACUUUGACUUACAGAGGGUUGGAGGAUUGAAAUCUCAUUUGUUUCAAGAACAUAAAGAUGAACUUGCAAAAGAGGGCGUGUCUGUUGUCCGGGGGCGUGGCAGUCGUAGAUCGACCAAUGACGAAGCAGCAUGGAGUGAGCAUAGCUCCAUCUUACAAUUAUUUCACGAUGAAGCAGCAAGUUCAUCAUUACCUACAUUUGCAAGAGCAGAUGAUGAUUCGGAGAUUGAUUCUUUGAACCCGGUUCUCCGUCUUGCGCGGGCCCUUCUUAGUCAGAGCAACAAAAUGUCGGGUCGAGAACGACACGUUACAGUCAGUAGAAAGAGAUCUCUCAGUGAAGAUGGUGAAAGUUCACGGUAUCCAUCUAAAGCACAACUAAUGGAAAUAACAGAUGGUUGCAUUCUGCUGUAUAACAACAUACUUCAUACACAUAUGGAUAAGAUCCAUUCCACAAGAACAAAAAUAGUUGAAUACGCAACUGCACUGAACGACAUUGAAACAAAAAUGAAAAAAUGUUCAGAAAAACAGCAUGAAGAAGUUCGAAAAAGUUUAACCCAGUCCCACAAUGUGUUGCUGCAUCAUAUGACUGAGUUAUGUCGGUCUAUAGCUUGGUUGAAAGCAUCUGUUUAUUCACCGGAGUCACAGAGUAACUUAUGGUGGUUGUUACAAGUUUGUCUACGCACCGCACAUAAUGCUUCGGACAAGGGACCUUUAUUUACUUUCAUGCCAGAGUUUUAUCUUACAGCUGGUGCAAGAUUAUACAAAUGCCUUCGUGAAUAUUUUGCACCAUCUCAACCCUUUGAAAAACUUCCAAACAUGAAGCCAACAUUAAUCUCAUUCACUCUCUUCCUCAGUAAUUUCCAUUGUGAUGCAAGGCUUGUUAAUAAUGAUGUGAAAACCAUGUUAGCAAAUACAAUCACCACAUUCAUUACCUACCCACUGCAAUUACAAGCAAUUGAGGAUAUGCCAACUGCAAAUUUACAUUCGUUUGUACGUAACAUGUUAUAUGCAUAUGAUGAAGACAAACCAUGGACAAGUGUCGGACAUCGGAUACUCGCUACUCUAUGGAGGGGCAGUGGAUUUGCCAUGCGAUAUGAUCACCCACCGUAUAUGACUAAAGUGAAGAAACUUUUAAACAGAGAACACGAUCCAUAUGUCCCAAAACAACUGCUUGCUUGUGUACAAGAGCUGCUAUUGGCCGAGCCGGUUUUGGCGGGAAAAUUUGUCCACAGUAUCCUUGAACAUUUGAAUUGGAGUUUCUCCGAGUUCAUUGGUCAACUACAAGAGGUCCAGCAACAAAAUGCACGGGAAUGGAAUAAUGCGACAGGUCUCCUUGCAUCACUUGAUGCACAAGCAUUACGUCAACUUCGUAUCGUUGAUAUGUUGUUUGAACUCUCUGUCUCCCUCAUGCGGGUGCUUGAACUCACAAUUGCUGUUGCUCCGAACGUUUUUCUCGACUGGGAGAAAAAUGACACGGCCGAGAUUUUGUUAACUGCGCUGGUGCAGUGUGUCAACCAGAUACUAAGCAGAGUAACUACACGUAAAAAUCUAUUUGAUAAAAUUGUGUCAGGAAGACAACCAGGAUUAAGCAGUGUACAACAUUACCCUUUGAUGACGUCAACUGCUGGAAUUCUACUACGGAUGUUAAAGCAUGAUGAUCCUGCUAUGUCUAAAAGAGCAACACAAGCGUUGAUAAGCGACCCAGGUUUCAGUAUAACGUCCGUCGAGUUCCUUUUAAACAUAACAGGAAAAUCCGAAGUUGAGGUGACGUCAGAGGCCAGAGGUCCCACCGUUGCUUACAGCAGAGUCAAAGAAAGAAAAUUCGUAUCAUUACAAGAAUAUGAAGAAUUAAUGGACGGUGAAGUAGAUACACUUCGUGAUGUCAUAAUUAACUUAAGACAUGCAACAAAAGCUGCUGAAGAAUCUACUGAGGAACCGAUGGACGAAGACAGUUUGUGUACAAUAUGUUAUGCAAAUGAAGCAAAUGUUGCUUUUCAUCCGUGCAAGCAUACAUCGUGCAGAAUGUGCAUCAAGUUCCGCUUGAUGAGUGGUGGAGAAUGUUUUUUCUGUAAGGAAACUGUAGAAUGUUUUUAUGAUAUACCGGCAGCUGCCGAUGCUGGUACUCUUCCGCUUGACGGCGCCACUGCGUCAACUUCUACAAAGCUGUAGGGGAGUAAACAUUUACAAACGAUUUUGCAAGCCUUAUAGGCACACUUGCUUGCUUGUUUUGUUUGUCUGUCUGUUUUAAAAGCUAUUGUUCCCUACUCUUCCUAAAUGGUCACUGCACAUUUUGUUUGUUAUAAGUAAUUUUAUCUCGACAGAUGAUCACUUGUAUAGUCCUUCGUUUCAACUAUUUAAAUGAAAUUUGUCACUUUUUUUAACGAAAUUCAAGUUGUUUUAAGUACGGAGCUUAAAACUACCGUUAUCAACUCAUAUAGAAAAAAGCCCUUUUAAAAUCAGAACAUUCAGUUCUAAACUUUGGUGAUUUUGCAGUGUUUGUUAACGCACUGAUAAAACCUAAGCUACUUGAAGACGUUGCUGUAAAUGCCUUCUUGAAGGCCGUAUUUGUGUUUGCAUUUAAAAUAUGCAGGUUUAAUUGUAAUAAGCACCAUAUCACUGUGCCUGUUUUGCUAAAACUUUUAGUUUUAAACUGAAAUAGGCAAUACGCAGUUGAACUUUUUUGUUAUGAAAUUCGAGCUGAAUCCAUUGCUUAAAUUACUUUACUGCGCAAAAGAGUUCUCUAACUAAAACAACUGGGAAGUCGUGCGAUUUUCGCAAUGAAAUUUCCUGAGACAAAAUCGCUCAAUACGCGGUUACAUUUUACCCGCCAACAACUCUUUGUCGCUUGGUAAGCUUUUCAAUAAAUUUCUUCUAUAUACGAA